AACUUGCUACCGAGAGAACCGGUCUCGAAUCUAAAAACCAAAAACAAAGACCACAACCAGUGCCGCUUGUUAAGAUUCUUGCUCAUUUGCCAUCGAGAUCUCUGGAGGAGCAGGCUACUAUAUAGUAAGAGAGAUAGUGUGAGAGAGAGAGUGAGACACAAUGCGUAAGUUGAACUAUGUGAUAUUUUUAAUGCUCUGGUUCACUGCAAUUGAUGGAUAUAAGGUGCCUCAAGCCAGGGUGGAGUUGUUAGCCAAUGGUUUUCGUGUAUCCAUACCAGAUGAGCCUGGUGUAAAGCGUGUGGCUUUCAAUGUGAAUCGCAAUCGGAAUUUCACCUCAUUCACUCAGGGUCAAUUCAGUCAUCAGUUGCGGAAACCCCAAGAAGGACUCUGGUAUUAUGAUUUCAUAACGAACAAUCUAAAGGCCUACGAUAUAUUGCACAUUUGGACAAGUGUCCAGCAUGAGAAUGCAUUAUUUCGCGAUUUUGAAAACCCCCUAGAAGUGUGUAGAUUAGGUGGCAAAUUUGUGCCCAAAGAUUGCUCCAACACAUCGGAUGAAACAACGGGAUCCAUUGAGACUGAUAAUUCUCAAGCCUUGCCACCGCAGAGAUCUCCAGAGAAAUGUGAGCCAACUAUUACAGAGAUAUCAUCGCCACGGUUUGCCACUCCUUUGUGCAAGGAUCAACUCAUAUUUGAGGAGAAUUUCGAUACUCUAAACGAGUCGCGCUGGUCGCAUGAAGUUCGUUUCCCUUUGGACACAAAUGAUGCCGAAUUUGUGUUGUACGAUGGCAAGGCUAGAAUCGAGGAGGGCCAUUUAGUUAUUGAACCCAUCUUGUGGUCCAGCUAUCGUCCCGAUUUGAGCAUAAAUGAUUCGCACUUGGACCUCUCUGAGCGUUGCACGGGCACUCACAAUCGUCAAAAGGAAUGCAUCCUGCAGACCUUUGGCAGUGGUCCAAGUGGCAUUAUGCCACCGAUUGUAGUGCCACGUUUAAAUACCAAGGAGUCGUUUGCCUUCAAGUACGGACGAAUAGAGAUUCGGGCCAAGAUGCCCAAGGGCGAUUGGCUGGUCCCAUUGCUACUGCUGGAACCGUUUAUGGAAUGGUAUGGCCAAACAGGCUACGAGUCCGGACAAUUGCGCAUAGCCAUGGCUAGAGGGAAUUCACAAUUGCGCCUACCACGUGGUAAACCCAUCGACGGUCACUCUCUAUAUGGUGGCCCAGUGCUAACCACGGCGGCCGACCACCGCGAAGACUUCUGGGCCACUCAGCGACGCAAAAGUCACUUUGGUGAUGCCUUUCACGUAUAUGGCUUGGAUUGGACCAGCCAAGGGCUACGCUUCUCGGUGGAUGGCGUCUUCUAUGGCGACACAAUAGCCGACAUUGCCGCCUCCGACUUCAAUCCAUCGUGGCGGCGAGGUGGUCCCAUGGCUCCAUUUGAUCGCAUGUUUUAUCUAACUUUGGGACUAUCUGUUGGCGGAUUCGGAGAUUUCGUGGACAAUUUGCGGACAUCGAACUAUGAGAAGCCUUGGAGAAAUGCUCAUCCUCAGGCCAAAUUACAAUUUUGGCAAAGUAAAGAACUUUGGCAAUCCACAUGGAAAUCCCCGAAACUAUUAAUCGAUUAUGUGCGCGUAUAUGCCACAGAUUUAUUUUAGAACUUUGAAAAGAGAUAAUUCCUAAUUGUUUAAAUAUAUGUAUAUGCAUUUACGAAUUUGUCAAAUUUUAUUGCAAACAAUUUCUGUACAUAAUAGUUUGCAUAACAUUUUUAGAUAGUAAAAGACAUAUUAUUGUUAAGGAUUAAGCAAAUUAAUAGUCUCAAAUGAAAAUAGUUAUGAAGGACAUUUAAAGUCCGCAGAGUAAAGUCCACAAGUAAAAAGUCACAAGUCCGAAGUUUACUUUAAAAAUAGUUGGCUUAUUAUUGUAUUGCUGGUCGACUAUUAUAUAAAAUGAAAUAAUUUUGAAAAUUAAAACAAUUCAACGUA